CCAAAAGCCGGUUUGGCGCCAGAUGUGCAGGGGAGGAGGGUUGGUACAGCCGGUGUCCGGUUCUCCGGAGCGUCCCUGUUUUCCCGCAGCGGGGAGGCGAAGUGCAUUACGCAAGUGCAUUAAACAGCUGCCGCCUAUAGACGCAGCAUCGCAGGCAAACAUUCAACAACAUCGCCGCUCCGGCGCCCGGGAGGUCAUCUUCUCAAAAUCACUGAAAGCUGGAGAUGGAUAUUAAGCGUGUGAAAGACUAUAUCUAUUGGCUCUACUACCAGUACCUACUGAUCACCUGCAGCUAUGUGCUGGAGCCCUGGGAGCGGUCCAUGUUCCAUACCAUCACCGUGACUGUUUUCGCUAUGGUGGUGUACACAGCUUACGUCUUCGUCCCCAUCCAUGUCCGCCUGGCUUUUGAGUUCUUCUCCCAGAUCUUCGGAAGCCAGCCCGAAAGCACAGUUUCCAUUGUGAACUGAACUUGCCUGAGUAGUGAUCAGCAGUUCUUGCAACUUGUGAAAUGCAAUGUCUUCUUCAAUUUUGUGUAUUUAUUCUGAAGCAGUUUUGCAGUUAUGAAAAUACCAUUUUCUCUUACAAAACAUGGCUUGCUUAAUUACCAUAGCUGAAAACCAGAGUAAUGCACUGACUACUGGCUGUGCAGUCCCUGUUAAAUAAAACACAGGCCAGCUUUUGCUGUGUGAUAAUGAAAUGCAUCACCUGGAAUGCCACGUUUACAUAAUAUUCAACCGGCGCCCACUUUCAGCACCCUAAUUUAAUCACACUGGCGUGUAUGAAACAGCAAAGACUGUUUAUGAUGGCUGUGAGGAGGGGUACUACACUCACAAUACACAAAGAAGUUCUGCCAACAGAGUGCAAUGGCCAACAUACCAUGCCUUCUUUGACCCAGGUUAGAGAAUGUAAGGAGAUGAGUAAAAUACAGCAUGAUUUGAGUACUAACUAGUAUCUGGCUGGUUACUGACUUCUGCUUUUUAAUGGAUGGGAAAGGAAAUUAGCAGAGAAAGUAACAGUGGUAUGAACUUGAAUCCAACUUUUUGCAUUUAAUUUGCUGCAUCUGAGUUUAGAUGGUCUAAGAUAGUAAAAAAAAAAACAUACUAUAGGUAAUCUUGCAGUUUACUGAAAAUGACAGAAAGAAACAGAACUGGCUCUGUUUCAGUGUACUCCUGCCUUCUUUGACAAAAACUGAGACAUCUUUUCUUUGUGCUCCCAUUCACCAAGGCAAGCAAAGUGCAUGUCUGCACCAGAGGAAGAUGAUCCAGAAAAUAGAAUGGAAGUAACAUUUUAAUAACUGCAGGGAAGUCUGAAGGCUUAAAGAGAUCUCCUUUAUAAAGAAGAAAUUAGAUUUAUUAUAAUUGCCUGUGGGGAGUUUCUUGAACAAUGGAAGGUUUGUUUGGUUUUCACUCUACACCUAAAUCAAAUGUAAAUGCCAAAUCAUAAGUUAUAGCUAUACAGUGCAUGUAUCUAACAGCUGAUGCUACUGUUAUUAGAAGUGAGAGGUGCAAAAUGUAAAUAGCUUCCAAAUGAUGUUUGCACAGUUAUAGGAUUAAAAAAGCCCUCUUAAUUUCUUUAUCAAGCUGCAGUGGGGUCCGGCAUGCUUAAAAGAUCGCUGUUUGGAAAUCAAGACAUGUUUUGAAGGUUGAACAGAUCUGAAAAUGUGUAUGCAGUUUUUUUCAGAAAAAAAUAAAAUUUUAUUCUUCAGAAACAACA